AUGACGGUCAUGCAGAUUUGUUCCGCGACCGGCUGUGAUGUGAUAGGACUUCAGGAGACCCGACGAGCGGGGCAAGGUUCAAUUGCACACGACGGGUACGUGAUCAUUUGGAGUGGCGCCCGUGCUGGCACCAAGGACAAGAGGGGCGUACACGGUGUGGGCAUAGCGAUCAAGGAGGCCAUGUGGGAGCGUGUGGGCCAGGAAGGUAGGACGGUGGAGUGCAUUAGCCCGAGGCUGAUGAAGCUGCGUCUACAAAUUGGCCGCACCUGCGGAGUAACUUUCGUGGUGGGGUACGCCCCCACGGAAACUGUCCGCACCACCGCGGGCGGNCCGUGCUGGCACCAAGGACAAGAGGGGCGUACACGGUGUGGGCAUAGCGAUCAAGGAGGCCAUGUGGGAGAGUGUGGGCGAGGAAGGAGGCGAGACGGGUGCUGCGAUGCCAAGAUUAUGGGCGCGUACGGACGCGACAUUAUGAACAACAACGGGGAACGACUCCUUGAACUGGCAUCAGACAACCAACUCUCCCUGACCAACACCUACUUCCGGACACCGAAAGGUGGAGUGCAGCAUACAUUCCAGAGCUCCAACAAGGGGAAGGAGAAGUACCGCCUCGACUUCAUCCCCAUUCAUCAGGCGGACCGGCGUUUCGUGCGGAUCGAGGAACGCCCAACCACGGUCAGCGCCGCCGGCCACACGUACAAGCAGACAGAUCGGUUCGUGUACAUCGGACGUACCAUCUCCGCGGACGGGACACGAGCCGCAGCUGCCGAGCGCCGGAACAGUGCUUCGAUGUACGACAGGCGACGAGCCAAUCGCCAGCUCAAGAUCCGGCUACUCCAGGCUGAAGUGGUGAAGACUCUCCUGUAUGGGUGCACCUCGUGGAGCCUAACAGCGGAGCACUACACGAAGCUCAAUGGAACCCACCGCCAGUUCCUUACACGGUGCAUCGGCUGGAGCAAGCGGAAUCGCUCAGACCGCCCCCUGUCCUAUGCCCAGGCCCCAAUCCAGGCAGGCUGCGAGGAAAUCAUCGAGGCCAUUGUGCGCAAACGGAGACUGUGUUUCGCGGGCUUUGUUGUGCGCAUGGAGUACAACCGCCUCCCCAAGCGCAUGCUAUUGGGAGCGAUGGCGGGGGGCGUGGGAUACCGGGGCGGGCAGGAGAGCGACUGGGUGUCUCGCCUAGGAGAGGACCUCGUGGCCUUCAACAUGGGAGACGAAAAGGAAGGGGGGAAAUGGAAAGAGAGCGCCAAGGACCCGGAGGUGUGGUACAACAAGGUCGAGGACGGGGCGGCAUGGCUCAUGAGGAAAUGGCACAGGCAGGAGGCGGAAGCGUCCGCGAAGCGCCAGCGCGCGAGGGAAGCAGAAGCAGAGAGUACGGCCAUCUCAGGACCGAAGAGAAAGAGAGUCGGGGAUGCGGCGAUGGGGGGGAAGAAAAGGCGACCGGGCACUGCUGUAGAAGCGAGUAGGGCGGCCGAGGCAGCACUUGUGGCCAACUAUGUACCCGGCUGA